AUGGCCGCAACGACCGACCCUGUCGAUGGAUUUAGUGCGGGUCUUAAGAACGACGAGAAUGUGUUUGAAUGGGAGAUUAUGAUUAUUGGGCCUAUGGGCGGAUUCUUGCGCGCCGAGCUCACAUUUCCUCCGGAGUACCCAUUACUUCCUCCAAUACUCAAGUUCAAAACGCCCAUGUGGCACCCAAAUGUGUACCCCGACGGUACCCUUUGCAUAUCCAUUCUUCACGCGCCUGGCAAGGACGAGUUCGGGUACGAGGAUGCCAACGAGCGGUGGCUACCUCUCAUCUCGGUCAUCUCCCUACUCAGCUCCGAUACGCCCAACACGGACUCGCCGGCCAACAUUGACGCUGCGAAGCAAGUGCGCACGGACCUCGCCGCGUAUCGUAAACAGGUGCGGCGCCUCGUGCGCCGAUCGACAGAGGAAGAGUUCGACUAG